GUCGAUUUAUACAAGUCAUUUAAGGGCCGACAGGUCUGCAGUUGGUGUGAUUGCGCGUAUUUUUACGGAUUUUUGUGCUCUUCCGGCGGGGUAUUUACGCCGUGCAGCUUUUACGGCCACGCUGGCGUCUGUUUUUACAGUUAGUUCGCUCGCCAUUGUCGCCGCGUCUGGUCCUAGUCUGAGCAGUGGGAUUUCUCGAGUGCGUGUCCAAAACUCCGUCAGGCGGCGUUCGUUCUGUGCGUUCAAUGCGUUCCAAUUUGCAUAAUCGUUGAGCCGCCCCCCCGAAAAAAUAGCGACACCGGACCGAUAUCGUCGUAUCAUCUGGAAAGGCUGGAAAGAGAGCAGCAACCGCAGCCGCAGCAGCAGCAGCGGAAGCAGACUCCCCCAGUGAGGCUAGGGGGAUUUGUGGCUGGGCUGAUUCUUUGAAGUGGAGCCGCAGCAGCGAGCGGAAGGCCGCCACAUUGGAAGGAAAACGACUUUUCACGGCAGUUAAUAAAUUUUUAACUGGUUCAACAAUUGCCCGCGAAUUCCGCCAGCUAAUGACGAGAAACGCGGCCGUCAGUGGCGACGAACCCGACGAGGAGCAGACUUCCGCAGCUGGCGCCCCCGACCAGCCUCUGGAUGGGGCUCUGGCCGGGGCGCAGGCGGAGGAGGCAGCAACAGAGGAGGAGGAGGAGGAGCCGGUGCUACAGGCCGGGGAUGGCGAUGGGGAUGCGCCACAGCGACGUCAGAGGCCACGCAGGAAAGAACCACAACGAAGCGCUGCCAUUGGGCCCUCGGAUGGGGACACGGACUCCAGCUCCUGCGACGGAGUGGGCUCUGGUACGAGGCGGCAGCGUGUCAGUUACGCGCAAAGGAAUUUACUCGAGCAGGAGGAGGAGGAUGCAGAGGAGGAUGCAGAGGAGUACGACUACGAUGAGGAGGAGGACGACUACGACGACUACGAGCAGUCAUCCCGGCCCCGCCAGGUGGCUCGCCCCCGCCCGGUGCUGACCAUGGGCGGGGGUACACAGAGCAAGCGCAAAACGAAAGUCCGCCAGUUCUCGCAGCGCUCCAGCUCCUAUGCCCCGGAUUCGGGGCACAACGACCCGGAUGGCCAUGAGGGCGAGGGCGAUGGUGACGGCGACGGCGACGGCGAGAACCAGGACAAGCGUCGCUGCAUCUCCAAGGGACAAAUGCGCGAGUUUCGCGAGGCCUUUCGUCUCUUCGACAAGGACGGCGAUGGCUGCAUCACCAAGGAGGAGCUGGGCACCGUGAUGCGCUCCCUGGGACAGUUUGCCCGCGUCGAGGAGCUGCAGGAGAUGCUCCAGGAGAUCGAUGUGGAUGGCGAUGGCAACGUGAGCUUCGAGGAGUUUGUCGACAUCCUGUCGAACAUGACGUACGAGGACAAGUCGGGCCUGUCGUCGGCCGACCAGGAGGAGCGGGAGCUGCGCGAUGCCUUCCGAGUCUUCGAUAAGCACAAUCGCGGCUACAUCACCGCCUCCGAUCUGCGGGCGGUGCUGCAGUGUCUCGGCGAGGACCUCGACGAGGAGGACAUUGAGGACAUGAUCAAGGAGGUGGACGUGGAUGGCGAUGGGCGCAUCGAUUUCUAUGAGUUCGUGCAUGCGCUGGGCGAGCCGGAGGACUCGCAGGAGAACGACGAUGAGGAGGAGAACACCACAUCGCCGCUGCCCACGCCCAAGUCGGCCAUUUCGCUCAGCUACGAUUGAGCAGGGGCAGGGGCAGGGGCCGGGGUCGGGGUCAGGUGUGGUCAGCGGGCAGUGCCACGAUUGAGUAGAAUUGACGAGUGAGGAUUGGCUCGAUGACUCGACUGCUUGAUCGUACAGCUUGAUCGGUUACUCAUCUGUUGUUGGUAUAUCGAUCGACAUUAAAAUACUCAACUCAAAACGAUAACUUAUUGACUCGUCGCUGCAAUAAUUAGACACUCAUCGAUUACGUACGAUAGGCGUAAUUAGGCGAGUCUGAAGCGAUAACAAAUCGAUUUAACAAUAUUACCAAGCAACUCUAAGCAAGUCUCACUCAAGUCUCAUUCAUUCACUCGAAUUGGAACUC